AUGUCGCCUCGCCAACAUGAAGACGACGAUUCACCCUGGCCUCGGUUCGUCCUCGUCGACCUCGUCGACCUCGGCGACACUGAAGACUUCGAGAGAUAUGGACCAAGGGGCUUCCACCCGGUUCACCUAGGCGACGUCUACGGCGAUGAACGCUAUAGAGUUGUUCACAAGCUCGGCGCCGGCGGCUUCUCCACUGUCUGGCUGGCGUGUGACGGGACAGAGCACAGGUGGGUGGCUCUGAAAAUUGUCAUCGCCGAGCAUUCGACAUCUGUUUAUUCCAAGAGCCAGUUGAGCCGCCAUGCUGCCUUACAGUGCGCCGGUGAUGAAGAAUUCGUCGUUGAACAUCCACACUUCACCCUCGAUGGGCCAAAUGGUCGCCAUCUAUGCCUUGUCUUGCCUGUUUUAGGCCCAUCUACGUCUCAGUUAUCUGCUGGCUUUUCUUCUAGGAUCAGACCGUGGCUAUCUCGUAGGGCUAGCUACCAAGCUACGAGGGCCUUAGCUAAAAUGCAUACGCAAGGUUUAUGCCAUGGAGAUGUAACAACGGCUAAUAUCCUCUUCGGUCUAUUGGAUUUCGAUCGCUAUACGGAGAGCGAUAUCUACCGCUUAUUUGGCAAACCUGAGAUGACAUUGCUUGAAACUUACUCUGGAGAGCGGCCAGGUCCCGGUGCCCCAAGUUAUAUCGUGAAGCCACUCGAUUUUCUUUCCUCCAAAGAGAGCAUAAUCAGCAAAGACGUCAGACUAAUUGACUUUGACCAGUCGUUUCCGGUUUCGUCACCCCCAGAGCGUAUGCUAGGUACUCCAGUUGAGUUUCUAGCACCAGAGGUCGCGGUAGGCCUAAAAGCUAGUCCCCGAAGCGACGUUUGGGCUCUCGGUUGCUCCAUCUUCCGACUUAGAUCGGGAGAAAGCCCCUUCUCGGGGUAUGAAGUUACCUCGCCGGCGGAUUUGAUGAAGAUUAUUAUCCAGACUCUCGGUGACAUGCCUAGCUCGUGGGAGGAUAUAUUAUUUGAUUACGAUGGACAGCCGACAAAAGAGCCUACCAAAGGCGAACCACUUGAGAAGUGGGAAGGUAAACGGCCAAUCAAGGAUCUGGUCUUCAAGAUACGGGACCAACCUGAGAAUAGUGUCGUCGAUACUGGCAGCGUUCGACCAGAGCAUCAAGUGUGGGGAGAAGACGAAAAUAAGCCAUACCCUCAGUGUUUCUCGGAUACUGUUUGGAAGCCUACGGCUACGGAGAUUGAUAAUACCUACUUAUAUGGUUACGAUGAUGAGACGGAUGCACUUCUAGAGGCGAUGCCAAAGAUUUCGGAGAACGAGGCAGCCUUGCUCUACGACCUCUUAUCCAAAAUAUUUGUAUACGAUCCACAAAAGCGCUUAAGUGCCAGAGAGAUGCUAAGUCAUCCUUGGUUUCACAUGGAUGGUCUGUUAUUAAAGGAGUGCACCUAG